AUGGAGUUUGGCCUUGACCGUGUCGGUGUUCUAUACGUGUUUAACGUCUGUGGAACAAGUAGAAACAGAUUGUCAGUCACCAUUCUGGCAACAAUCGACGUCAUCUCUUCCAAGAUGGAUGUCAAAUGUCGAGAUUUAAACCCAGGGGACAAAGUGUACUUCUGCCCACAGAUCCUGACCCCGGUCUGUGGCAGCAACAUGCGGACUUACGACAACCAUUGCGACUACUGUGCCGAACGCUGGGAGAAACAGCAAAAUGGAGAAAAUUGGGAUGUUGUCUUGGACCACGAAGGACGAUGCGACUCCCCAGGGGUAUCAACAAUUCCAACUUUAUCAGAUAUCAUCAAGAAUCCAAGAGUUCCAACCGGGCAAAACUCACCCUUUCCCAAAGUAGAUCCUAACCCGAUCUACCAGAUCAGCCCCGUAGACCAAUCCUUCUCUCCUUUCAGUCAACAUAUCCAGCAAUCGCAAAACGGAUACAACUUUUUCAAAAACGUUUUAGAAAGGUACUUCCCCAAGAGAAAUAAUGGAAAUCAUUUUGGACAAUUUAACAAUAGGGGAAAUACAGGACAAUUCGUACCUUCAUGGAAAGCCAAUUUACAAAACAGUUGGCAAACUAACAGAGACCAAAACUCAGGAAGAUAUGAUUGGCAAAAUUACAGACAAAAUUCUGGUUUUGGAAACGGAUAUCAGGGUUCACCUUUCGAUCGAUUUUCAUCACAGUCUGGUAGUUCACAAACCACGAGUUCACAGUUCUGGAGAAGGACCAACUGUCAGUAUAGUUCAGGAUGUGCCAGGAAUGGUAUGGUUUGUGGUUCAGAUAAUAGAUCCUAUUAUAACGAGUGCCACUUGUGUUCUUCAACCAGUCAGGCAGGGCGAGAGGUCAAAUUUGUUAAACCCGGUCGAUGUUAA